AAUUCAUCGCCAAGAACAAAGAAGAAAAAAAAUUUACUUCUGGUGAUCCGUUUUAUUAUUGAUUAGAGUGAGAGUAAUUAAUGGCGAAGGUCGUCUUCCUCGCGGCGCUCCUCGCGGCCCUGGUGGCCGUCUCCGCCGCGCAGCUGAGCGAGUCGGAGAUGAGGUUCAGGGACAGGCAGUGCAUGCGCGAGGUGCAGGACAGCCCGCUCGACGCGUGCCGGCAGGUCCUGGACCGGCAGCUCACCGGCCGGGAGAGGCUCCAGCCGAUGUUCCGCCGCCCGGGCGCCCUGGGCCUGAGGAUGCAGUGCUGCCAGCAGCUGCAGGACGUCAGCCGCGAGUGCCGCUGCGCCGCCGUCCGCCGGAUGGUGAGGGACUACGAGGAGAGCAUGCCGAUGCCCCUGGAGCAAGGGCAGAUCAGGUACUACGGCGGCGAGGGGUCGUCGUCGGAGCCGGGGUACUACGGCGAGGGGUCGUCGUCGUCGGAGCAGGGUUACUACGGCGAGGGAUCGUCGUCGUCGGAGCAGGGGUACUACGGCGAGCAGCAGCCGCAGAUGACCCGCGUGAGGCUGACCAGGGCGAAGCAGUACGCGGCGCAGCUGCCGUCGAUGUGCCGGGUGGAGCCCCAGCAGUGCAGCAUCUUCGCCGCCGGCCAGUACUAGGCUAGCUCAGCUGCUACUGUUAGUAUAGGAUCACACUACUGUUGCUGUGUUGCAUGCAACGACCAGGUGAUCGCAGGAAUAAUAAAAAUAAUGAAUAAUGAAAUGUUUUUUAUAUAAAAUAGCUUGUGAUAUCGUAUAUGCUGUGCGUGUUCUGAAUGAUUUUCUAUUUUUCUCCCCCGUAAA